AUGGAGAUCGCUAUACAAAAUGUAUCUUCCACAUCUGCAAUUGUGACGUGGUCUUCAACUGUUAACUGUGCUGAGAAUUUUUACAGCAUCAUGUACCAUCCAAACUGGAAUACUCUACUGUCUGGAUACCCAAGGAAAAAUUUUCAGAAAGAAGAAAAAGUGCCAAUCAGUCAGAAUUGGCUGGCAAUUGAGAAGCUGACUCCGCUGACCAUGUACAUCUUGUGCAUCACCUGCCAGCCAGCCAAUCCUACCAAUGAGCAAUGUACAAUUUUUAGUACGGCACCCCAAAAUGCUGCUGCAGUUACCAGCAGGAAGAAAGACCUUGCUCUGGGAAUAUGGUUGACAAGCAGCAUUCUUCUCCUUAUCAUUGCUGGUAUACUAUUAUAUGGCUGCCUCCACAUUUGGUGUUGCAAGAGACGAGAACACCCUGAAGGCUUGAGUAUGAGCUCUGAUCAUGCAGGAACACAAGCUUGGAAGACACAAGUGAUGGAAACAGCACUUGAAGAUAACUUAGAUAUGCCCUGCAAUGUUAUUCUCAGUGCUGAUAGCAGAACAAGAGAGAAUUCUCAGCUGAACGCUAUAACUGAAAACCCUUUCACUUCAAAAAAUGCAUUACCACUUCGCACACAAGCUGAGAAAUUAUCUGCAAGCAGCAGUAAUGAAAAUAAUGGAUGA